GAAGCAAACAUUUUUAAUUGAAAUUGACUUAAGACGCAAAUGAGACAAUCCGACACACUUAUCUUUAACGAGAAAACUCAUGAAAUAAAAGCGAUUUCAUAGCCUUAUCAACAAAUUUUAUGCCUCGAUCCGCUUCGCGGUUGAGCGAAUAGCUUCAAGCUAGUAGUUUCAUUCCAACAUGAGAAUAAAGUAACAAAAUGCUAACUUUAUUUCUAAUAAUCACGUUGACCAACUUCAAAAUAAUAAGUGGCGAAGAAAACAGUGAUACCAAAUUUAUUAACUCACUACCAGAAAAACAGAAGAAAGAGUUUCUUCAAAAAGUAGAGAAAAGAAUACAAAAUGAAGUCCCUGAAGUCAAGUCUCCAGAACUGAAUGACACAAAUGUUGACCUUUACGAAAAACGUUUAGAAGAUCAAAGUAAAUCUGUUCAAAAUAUUCUGCGAUCCGAAAUAGAAAAUCUUAAAACUCAUCAUCGGCGAAAUUUAAAUGAUACCGGAAGAAUUGAAGCAUCCUAUAUUGACUUGACCUUACGAACUAUAAACGAAAAUUCCGAGGCAACAAGGAGAAAAAACCAAGGUAAUAAAAUAGUAGAAGACGUUAAAAAUAUUCCCGUAAUAGUACAGUAUGACAGUAAAGAUGAUAGCAAUCAUAAAAAUAGCCUAAGUAACACGUCCAUUAUAAUACAAAAUACAGUGCCACAAGCUGAUAAAAACGAAUCGAAGGUAAAUGUUAUAACGUGGGAAAAUACGAAACCUGUAAAUCUUAAUGACUCUUCAAUUGAACACAAAAGAACUGGGAGACGUUCAAAUGAUUUUGACGCGUUUGAAAAUGUUGAUAACGCUACCAUAGAAAUACGAGACAAUACCGCUAAUUUUAGUUUGGAUUCUAUAAAUGAUAACACUACAGUCAACACGGAAUCAUAUGAUGUAGACAGCAAUAAAACUACGAAUUAUGCCUUAGGCGUAAGUUCAAACCAGGACAGUGAUAACUCAAAAACAGAUGUUGAUAACGCUACCGUAGAAAUACGAGAUAAUACCGCUAAUUCUAGUUUGGAUUCCAUACAUGAUACUACUACGGUUAACACGGAAUCAUAUUAUGAUGUAGACAGCACCAAAACUACAAAUUAUGCCUUAGGCGGAAGUUCUUCAAACCGGGACAGUGAUAACUCAAAAACAGAAAGCGUUGCUUUUGAUACCUUAAACCCACAGGAAGACCAUAAAACCACAAACACUUCUUCACAAGUUGAAAACAACGCAAUGUUAGAAAAGAUCACAGAAAUUAGUUCAACGUUAAGUUAUUCCAAAUUUGAUGCAAAAAUUAGUAACUCAACUGGUAAAAGCUCGCAACCAAAAUCGGAUGUUUUUAUUGAUACAACAGCACAAUAUAAUGAAAGCACACAAACACAUUACGAAAUUAGUAGUACGACGGAAUAUUAUUUCGAUGAAAAAACAUCUAAGCCGAGUACGAUAAUAGAUAAUGGGAAUGCAACUAUACGUGAUCUAGAUAGUAGUAGUACAGUAUCUGACAAUAUAACAACUACAAAAAAGGUUGAUAGCAUUACCGAAAUUACAACAGUUGACAGUGCUACUGAAACUACAAAUAAUAUACUUAGGACUCAAAUAAGCGAUGUUAAUACAGACACACGUAAAGAUUAUAAUACUUCUACAACAGAGUCGAAUAAUCCAGAAUCCGAUUCGCAUAGUAAAGAAGACAGUGAAAAACAGCCACAUUUAGUACCAGUAUAUAAUUAUGACCCCGAAAACGCAUAUUAUAACGCAAACAACCAACAAUCUCAAAGUAAUGUUGAAGGAGGGUCGAUUAUUAAAAUUAAAGAAACACGUUCAAAAUCUAAUUUCGAUGUUAAUACAAAUGAAAACAAAAAGAGUUUAAGAGUUAAGGAUGUUAAAGAAAGGAUUAUAUCAAAUGAUAAAAUCAAACCAACUUUUGAUUUGUACGAUGUAAUAUUAAGCGAUGUAUCUGAAGAAUCGUCAGAAGACAGCGUUUUAAUUGAAAAGCCUUUAAAACAUACUUUGAAGAAGAUACGUACAAAGCUACACAGAAACAAAAUGAAUGGAAAAUCUAAAGACGAUGUCAAUAAUAAUGAUAUUAUCACAAUAAUAGCGGGAAAAGAACAUAAAGGUGAUUACAGUAGCAAUACAAAUAAAAAUGAUAAGCAUGGUAUUAUCGAGCUAUUUACAAACUUUGGUGCCCUUUUGCAAAAUCUGGUUGAUAGAGCUAACGAUAAUGAGACACCAUCUUCUGAAGGAAUAAAAGAUUCCGAUAAGGAAACUUACAAAGAAAUAGCAAAUUCUUUAGAAAAUCACAAUAAAAUACUUAAAAAUCAAGGUCUCCAACAAAUAGUAAACAUCGUUAAACAUAUCCAAGAUAAAGCUGGAGAAAAAAGACUAAAACAAAACAAUAAUAAACGUAAUAAGAAAGAACAUCAAUAUCGGUUCCAUAUUAAAGAUAGGGAUGAAAAGUAUAAACAGAAACAAGAAGAAAUAUAUACUUCUUUAGACCAUAAUGAUAUAAAUUAUCCAAAUUUUGGUUCCCAAGAUACAAAGUUUAAUAAAUCAGCUUCUAAAAUAAAUGAUGAUUACUUGGAGAUACAUAUUAACAAUCUGAAAAAUUUGAUUGAUAGAAAUGAUUUGGGAUUAAAAAAAUAUGACUGGCUAGGAACAACUGUUCUUAUUCAAGCUGGUUUAGAAAAAAUGCAAGAAUUAACAGAUAAGAAACUACGUGGUAAAAAACUACAUCAUUUAGAUCAGAAACUCCUAGAUUUUGUCAUAAAACUUUAUGAAACAGCAAACGAAAUAAUCGAAUCACAAGCAAAUGAGCAGAAUUUGUCACCGAGGCGAAGAAAAAAACCCAAAAAGGAGAACUUAGAUAUAUUUAAGGUAUUAAUUGGCAUGGAUAUAUCGACAAUAUUGGAGUCAAGAUCGAAAAGUAAAGCCGAGGAUUUUAAAGAGUUCUUGGACUGUCUCGAAAUGUGCUUAAAUGACCUCCACACCGCAAUAAAACAAGUAUCAUUAAUCACCACAUACAAGAAACAGCGUUGGUUUGAAAAUAUAAAGCAGCUAUAUCUACAAUCCGCGGAUGAAAAAGAAUACUUAGAACUAUUCUUACAUCUGGUGAUGACACGAUUAAUAGACCUCAUAGACGCGAGAGUCAAAAAGAUGAACUCAGAAGGCUAUAACUUAAAGAGAGAUAAAGUGGAGGUGGAUAGGAUUGAAGUGGAAUUUGUACUGGCGAUGAGGAUUUGUAAUAAGUUAGAGGAAUUAAAGCAAUAAAUAAUGAUUUAGCAUAAAUUCAAAAAGAAGAAAAUAAUGCAUUUAUAUUUUGAAAAGUAGUAUCGGCACGAAAGUGAAAAGGUAUUCGAUGUUAUCAAAAUAAUACAAAUGAUACUAUAAACAACACAUGCGAUGUAUUUUCUUGUACAAUGGCUUGUUAUAAGUCCUGAGAGACAAAUAAAACUCUAAAUCAAUAUAUGUACUUUCGUCUUUAUUUUAUUAUUUAAGAAAAAUACAGUUGGCUACAAUUAAAACUAUUUGCUAAAUCACAAA